CCGGCCGGCGCCAACCACGUCACCGCCUUUUUGGGGAUCCCUUACGCCGAACCCCCCUUGGGUCACCUUCGGUUCCGACCCCCGCGACCGGCGAGACCUUGGCACGGCGUCUUGGAUGCUUCGUCCCACCAUCACGCUUGUUACCAGGCGGUGGACACCAUGUUCCCCGGGUUCGGGGGUUCCGAGAUGUGGAACCCCAACCGAGAGAUGAGCGAAGAUUGUCUCUACCUCAACGUUUGGGUACCGGUUCCUCGUCCUUCCGCCGCCGUCCCCGUUUUGGUUUGGAUCUACGGCGGUGGCUUCUACAGCGGGGCCGCCUCCUUGGACGUCUACGAUGGACGCUACCUCGCCGCCGCCGAAGGGGUGGUGGUGGUCUCCAUGAACUACCGCGUCGGUGCUUUGGGUUUUUUGGCUUUACCGGGUCACCCCGAAGCACCGGGGAACGUCGGGUUGUUGGAUCAACGUUUGGCGUUGAGGUGGGUUCGGGACAACGUCGGGGCCUUCGGCGGAGACGCCGGCGCCGUCACCCUCUUCGGGGAAAGCGCCGGCGCCGCCUCCGUCGGCUUGCACUUGUUGUCCACACCCAGCCGCCCC